AUGUUGUCCUUUGCGUUUUUGCUGCUGUGUGUGCCGGCGUGGACGCUGGAGCUGGUGAACGUUGCCCUCACCGUGGACGGUAUUGCUGGCUUGCCCGACGCGGGCGCAAUUGCGCUCGACGCCGAGAGCAAGCGCAUCGAGCUCGAGUUCGACAUGACCGUCGGUGGGAAUCCUGUCUCGAGCCCCCCACAGCAGGUGAGCGUUGUGCUCACGGGCGACGGCGUGGACUCGUACCAUUACCCCACCGUGAAGGGUGCAGAGGCCAAACUAACCGUGCCGGUGGCAAAACUGUCUCCCUUCAUCAAACAAAGCCCCGAGAUCGUGGUGAGCGUUCUUACGGGAGACCCAGACACAGAGAAAAACUACUUUGAGCCGGUCGGCAAGCUACAGGCCGGUCUGUCCGCACGGUCGAGACCAGCCAGGUUCGGUGCGAAGGAGGAGAUCGUGCACCAGUUUGGCGGGCUGCCGAAACACGUGAAUCCUGUUAUUUCCAUUAUAUUCAUUGGGGGAGUGGUGGCCCUGACGGUGGGGCUUUUUGCCGGGUGGACAGGCGUCAAGGCGGUGAACUUCGACAACCUAGGCAAGCUGCCAGCCGGGUUCACCGUGCAGUUUCUAGCCACGUUGGCUCUGAUCGAGCUGAUCUUUGUGGACUAUUUUCUAGAGGCCUCGAUUUUCACCACCAUCUUCAGAACGUUUGUUGUUGGUGUUGUGAGCGUGUACCUUGGGUCGAAAGUGCUGCGUGCGCUACACGGGUUGCGCGAGGCGGGCAAGAGAUGA